GCAACAGCAGUUGAAUGAGUUCAGGGAGAAAGGCAUAAUCUACAACAUGAUACUUUCUCACUCGCUUCACCUCUGUGCCCACACCUGUGAAGGCCUUGGCCCAGCUUCCAAAACUGCUUUGCCUCAAACUCAGCUUUCUACCAGCGGACAGGGACAAGACCAAAGUGGAUAUUCCAGUACCCACAGUACUGUGUGCCUUACCACACCCAGGCCUGAUGCAGAACGGCCUAAACACAGAUUUUAGAUUGAGAAAAGAGUUCAGUCAAAUAAGUAGAGGGACGAGGAGAAGAGAGUGUGUAGAUGUUGAAAAAGAAAAGCGGGAAAGAAGAAAAAUGAGUAUAUGCAGGACAGAGCUUAUUACCAAGGAAAUAAAACUGAAGAAUUAAAGAUACAAAUUCACAGAGCUACCACAAUGGUUGAGAAAUCUGCUCAUUCUUCCUAUUUUCUCUUGAUGAAACCAUCUAUAAAUCAGCUGAGAUAAACUGCUGUUUCUUCUUCUUGAUGUCUUUAUUGCCCAUUCAAAUGAAGAUAUUUGAUGUCUCCCUACAUUGAGAACAUGGGAUUAAUUUUUUUUCCAAAUCCACAACUUUAAUAUUUCCUGUAGCAAUUAUACAAGGCUUUCUUAAAAUUCAUAUCCUGAAAGUGGAAGUAAGGAAGAAAGGGAAGGAGAGGAAAAAGGUCUUAGAUGGUCUUCUUUCAGUGUUUAUUCAGCUACCCUUAUUUGUGGGAGAAAGAGUAUGAAAAGGGAGGAGAAUAGGAGUUCUAUUGACUAAUGAGCAUUUUUUCUUUCUAUUAUUUACCAAGUAACAUCUCCCCUUUUCCCUGAACAGAUUGAACUGCUCCUUAGACAAUAGAAGUCUCAGAAUGCUCAAAUAUUAUACUCAGGGGAAUUUUUGUUCUGAUGAUCUUCUAACCUGAGUGACAUGGAAGAGGGUUAGGAGCUAGAAGACAGUUCUAUGAAGGAAUGUGAGAAUUUGUUGCAGAUUGGGGUACGUCAAAUGGGGGACAAUCCACCUGGGUUGAGGUGGAGUUUGUCCAGUUCAUGAACAGAGAAAUGUUAGCUACUCUGGGAUUUCCCGCGGCUCUGCGAUGGUAAUGAUGCAUAUCUUGGCUGUGGAUGCAGAAGGUCUUAUGGGCCACAUCAUGGAAACCCCAUUUCCUUCUUCUCUCCUCCCACACUGGUUCUCACUCUCAGUCUCAACUCACAGGCACUGCUUGGGGCAUAGGUACAAAACAGACAGAAGAGAAGAGAGGUCUAUCUCAUACACGUCCCCCAGAGCACUAAAGACAAACCUGGGACUGGGCCUUGGAAACCAAGUGUGGCAGGAGGAAGGCUGUAUGAUAUAAAGGAAGAAAGCAUGCAUCUGGAACUCAGAACUUUUUCCUCAACUACAAAAUGAGUGACCAGGAUUAAAUAAUCUCUCUGGUCCCUUUGGGAAUUAGCUAUAGCAUCCUCAGAACAAGAAUUCUAUCUUACUCCACUUGGCUGAAACCAGAUUCCAGAACUCUUGACAGAUUGUGGAGAAGGAUUUAUGGAAUGAACCUCUAGAGAAAUGUAAAAAAGAGGAAAGAACAAAAGGCUGGAAAUGGUAGCAGAGGGGGUAAAUAAGGGUUUGGACUGAUUCAGGCAAUAAGCAAUAGUACCAGUGUGGGAAUUUCUUAGUUUCAUGGGAAAAUUGGAGAACAGAUAUCUACAGGCUUUAUAUUUCUAUCCUCAUAGAGAAGAUUAAAUAUGAUCAUAUACUAUAAGCAGCAUCAGGAGAGAUGAUAGAUAAACUCCAGAAGGAAAUUUUGAUGAAGAAGUGAAUAAAAACUUGAAAUGAAAGACUCCGGAAAAUAUUUUUUUUAAAUAGAAGAAUUUGGUAGUUCAAGCUUCAUAAAUUAAGUCAGACUUGGGUGACCUUGUGUUAUAUCCACAAAGGACUGGAAGACUAUGCUCCAAGCCUUUUUCCUCUUCACUACAAGCUGUGCCAAAAUGUACAUUAGGAUCCAAGGCCAUGAGGACAUUCAGGAGCACCUGUCCUAUGAUGAACACUAAUUGGGGAUAAUUUCCCAGUGCCAGAGUGAUUCUUGCUCCUCUGCAGGACGGCAUUACUGUUUCGGGAGGCCCUGAAGUCUGAGCCAGGGCCAUGGAGGCCUCUGUGCUGAGCCCCACGUCCUGGGAGAAACGGCGGGCCUGGCUCCGUCAGAGCCGUAACUGGCAGACCCAGGUCUUAGAAGAGGAGGCUGCCGCCGCCCUGCAGGAUGUCCCAGAUCCUGAGCCUUCCAGCCUGGAUGACGUUUUCCAAGAAGGGAAUUCAAUCAAUAAAAUUGAAGACUGGCUGCAGGAUUGCGGAUACUCUGAAGAAGGAUUUUCUGAGGAAGCAGGACAGUUUAUAUACAAUGGCUUCUGCAGCCAUGGAACCAGCUUUGAAGAUGACUUGACCCUGGGAGCAGAGGCCACAUUACUGGCCGCCAAUGGCAAACUCUUCUCCAGGAGUUUCCUCGAGACAGCCAGGCCUUGCCAGCUACUUGAUCUUGGCUGUAGUUUGGCUUCCAGCAGCAUGACUGGGGGGACCAACAAGACUAGUUCAAGCAUCUCAGAAAUUCUGGACAAAGUGCAAGAAGAUGCAGAAGAUGUCCUCUUCAGUCUGGGCUUUGGCCAAGAGGAUCACAAAGACACUUCUCGGAUACCCGCCCGAUUUUUCACCACCCCCUCUCAGGCCAAGGGCAUUGAUUUCCAGCUCUUCCUGAAGUCCCAGGUGCGGAGGAUUGAAAUGGAAGACCCCUGCCUCAUGCUGGCCAGCAGGUUUAAGCAGGUGCAAACACUGGCUGUCACUGCUGAUGCCUUCUUCUGUCUCUACUCCUAUGUGUCUAAGACACCUGUCCAAAAGUUCACACCAUCCCACAUGUUCUGGAAUUGCAACCAUCCAUCGGAUGUGCCAUCCAUCAGGAUUCUGUCCCGAGAGCCUGAACCCCACUCACCCAGAGACCGCCUUCGGAAAGCCAUCUCCAAGAUGUGUCUGUACACAUGCCCCCGAGAUCGGCCACCACUACCCCACAACACCCCCAAAAGGAACAGUUUGGACCAAGUUGUGUUGGAAGUGAUGGACAAAGUGAAAGAAGAGAAGCAGUUCCUCCAGCAAGACUCUGAUUUGGGGCAAUUCUCACAGGAAGAUCCUGUGCCCCCUGUUGAGGGUAAAAAGUUGCCCACUUCUCCCUAUCCAUGUGUCCUCUGCUGCAAAGCGGAAACACAGCAGGGGAUGUCCACAGUGCUGGCACCAUCACAAACUCUGGAUUCGAACCCCAAGUUACCCUGUUGCACACAUUCUCUGCCCAUAGAAGAUCCACAGUGGAGCACAGACCCAGCUCAGAUAAGGAGAGAGCUGUGUAGUCUACCAGCCACCAAUACGGAAACCCAUCCAGCCAAGGAUGAGACUUUCUGGAAAAGAAAGAGCAGAGCAAGAAAGAGCCUGUUCCAGAAGAAUCUCAUGGGCAGAAAGGUUAAGUCCUUGGACCUGUCCAUCACCCAGCAGAAAUGGAAGCAGAGUGUAGACAGACCAGAACUGCGUCGGUCUUUAAGCCAGCAGCCACAGGACACUUUUGACUUGGAGGAGGUGCAAAGCAACUGUGAAGAGGAGCAGAGUCAGAGUCGCUGGCCCAGCAGACCCAGGCACCCCCCCCACCACCAGACUUUUGCUGGCAAAGACUCGUGAAGCUUUAUCCGCCACCACAACAGCAUGUGGUCUGACAGAAGUGGCUUCAUAGAAGAACCUAAAAGCCACCUCUUGCAGGAAACUGCACUGCCCUCAACAUCCAGCCCCUACUCCUUGGUCCUCCAAACCCCUAAACUCUGCAGGAGGAAGGCAGCAUUGCACAUGGAGAGGAAGACCAGACUGAGCGAUUUGGAAUCCACAUCCUAAUGCUGCCACAAGCUGCAUGCAAAAAGACCUUAGGCACAUCACUUCAUUUCUCUGUACACUGGUUUCUCUACUAUGUGUGUAUUAAAAUAUAUAAUGUGGACAAUA